UGUGUACUGGGAUAUUUGUCCAAACAGGAGUACAUUCUUGAGAGAAAGAAGUUACCAUGGAGCCACACUGGUCGGCAGUUUGUGCACUGGUUUUAGCUCUCGGUGCAUUUGUGCACUUUGACAUAGUUUCUGCUGCAGGAGCUGAUGGAAAUAAAACAGUGAUUCUUCCCAAACCAGGCCACUGCCCACGUCGCCUUAAUGUUGUCCCAUCACAUAAGGGCUGUGUGUGUGAUGAAGACUGUCCUGCUGACCACAAAUGCUGUGUCUUUGACUGUGGAGCUGUCUGUGUCCCUCCUGCUUUCACCAAGCCAGGAGUGUGUCCUCGCAGGAAAUGGGGCUCAGGACCCUGUGCUGAAUUUUGCUCCAACGACAGUGACUGCCCCAGUAAUGAGAAGUGCUGUCACAAUGGAUGUGGACAUGAGUGCAUUGUACCAUACACAGUGAAGCGUGGUCGCUGCGCUCUCCCCCAGGGAACCCCCAUGUGUGCUGAGUACUGCUACCAUGAUGGUCAGUGUCCAGGAGAGCAGAAGUGCUGCAAGACGACCUGCGGCCACGCCUGCAGCGAGCCCUGCUGAUUGGACGGCUCAGCGUCUCAGCUACACGUGUGGCACUUGUUUGGUUCCUUUGAUGCAACACAGAAAAUGUAUCACUUUUUUUUUUUUACCUUUUCAACUCCAUAGUUGCACAGUUUGGUACAAUAUGAGCGUUAGUUUGCACAAAGUUUGGGAGCGGAAGUAUUUUGUUGUUUUCCUUUAAUACAGUUAAGACGCCAUUUUAUGUGCCUUUACUUUGAGUACAUUUGGAGAAACAAGAGCAGGAGGAAAUGAGUUGGUAGGGCACCAUUCACAUUCUUGAAAAGACCUACAGUAUUUUAAUUAAGAGUAUUGAUAGUGUAUCAUCUAGUAUAUUUUAAAUGGAUUAAAUAUGUACUGUACUUUUACAUCUGUUGCUUGUAGAACUUGAAGGUUUGGAGCAAUUUUCAUUCCUUUGUAUUUCAACCAAUAAACAUGUUUCCAGACCCCAGAAA